AUGCCCCGCAAGGGCCAGCACCGCGGGAGGCAGGACUGGCUGGACUAUUCCGAUGACGACGAGGACGACGCGCCGGGCCCCUCGUCCGCCGGGCGGCGGGGAGGGGGAGGCGCGAGCGAGGGAUCGUCGAAGCACGGGCGACGUCGCGUGCACGGCGUCGACCGCGCGCACCACGCGCGUCUCCACGCGGACGUCGGCGUGGACCGCGGCGCCCUCCAGGGUUCACCCCGCGCGCGGGCCUUCGCGAUCGCCGACGGGACCGGCCGCGGCGGCGUCGUCGUCGGCGCGAGGGGCACCGUCGACGACGCGAACGACCCGAGGAUCGUCCCGCUUGACCACCUCCAGAUGCCGGCCUCGCUCGUCGACAUGUUCGGCACCUCCCUGCCCGUCGAGGCCCUCCAGGACGCGUACGUGCAGUGCGGCCGGUCGCUGUCUCGCACCGUGGACGCCCUGCUCGCCCUCACCCUCGACGACCGCGACAAACCUGGCCCCGCACCGCCCGAAUCCCACACCGGCGUCGACCUCUGGGACACCCUCCCGAGCGAGGUUCGGCUCCUCAUCCUCGACCGCCUCGGCCCCAAAGACGCGGCGAGGGCGGCGUCGACGUGCAGGGACUUCGCCGAGACCGUCCGCGCGUGGCGCUUAAACGCGCGGGGUCUGCACCUUCCCCCCGACCUCUCCGUCGCCGGCCUCGCGUCCCUCGCGGGGGCGUACCCGCUGAUCACGUACCUGUCGCUUCGUAAGACGCGAGGCGUGGUGCGCGACCCGGCGGACGUUCGUCGCAUACUCGUCGGCGCCGCGGCGGGACCCGCGGUGUGCACGAUAACGAGCGUCGACUUGGAGGGCCUGGACGCGGCGGUGGCGGAUAAGGACCUGCCGGGUGUCCUGGACUGCGGGCUCGACGCGGUGACCGAGCUCAACGUGGGCCGGUGCGCGCGCGUGACGGACAAGGGCGUUUUCGCGCUGGCGCAGCAUCGCCGGGGCGGCGACCUGCGCGGGCUGUCGCUCGCGGGGUGCUCGCCCGGGGUGACCGCGGACGGGCUCGAGGCGUUGCUGAGGGGUAAGUCCGGCGGGUUCCCCGAGAUGAGGCGCGUGGACGUGUCGGGGUGUAUGGGCAUACGGGGCUCGGUGACUGUGCCUCCGCGGACCGUCGCGACGAGUUUGCGAAUGCUCAACGUCGCUUCGCUCACGGAGCUGCACGCGAAGCUCACCGCGGACGCGCCGCUGGAGAACCUGUCGGUGUCGCAGUGCGGUACCCUGCGGGUGCUGUGCGUCAGCGCGCCCCGGCUCGAGCGCGUGAACGCGUCGAUGUGCAAGAGUCUGAGAAGGCUCGAGCUCCGGUGCGAGCGGCUGGACUCGGCGGUGCUGCAGCACUGCGCCGAGCUGACGGACGUUCGAGAGUUUCGAUGCCCGUCCCUGGCGUCGGAGCUGAACGUGACCGGGUGUAAGUCGCUGACGACGACGACGCUGACGUCGAUGCUUCGCGAAACCCCGCGGCUGAGGGCGCUGAGGGCGGAGGGGUGCGUGGCUCUGGAGGGGGAGCUGGCGGCUUCCAACCGGUGUCUGGAGGUUGUUCAGAUGGACGGGUGCUCAAGGAUCGGGGGCGUGAGGCUCGCCGCGCCGGUGCGCACGCUGGUGGCGAAGAACUGCAAGGCGCUCGCGGCGGUGUGGAUCGAGGACCCGCCGCCGCCGGAGGAUGAGGAGGAUGAGGGCCGGGGGGGCGAGGGGGGCGAGGAGCGGUGGAAAAACCGGUCGAUCAGGGUGGACCUUCGUAACUGCUCCUCGCUGGAGCGGCUCGUGGGGGUGCGAGCCGCGGCGACGGAGGGUAGGCUGACCGUGGAUCUCAGGGGGUGCACGUCCCUGCCGCCGAGCGCGAGGCCGCCGAUGCAUCGACUGGACAGCACACCGGGGGCGAUACCGAAGGAGGUCGUCGUUCCAAAGGCUGAGAAAGGCGGUGCUGAGAAUUAG